CAGGCCGUCAUCUCUCCCAGUCUUCGCAUCGCAAGCUCCAGACACAGACAGGACACCUUUCAAAACACACCGAGCGCCGCCCAACUCCUGCCUAUAAUCUCACACUUUUACCGUCACUAUGGAUCGUCCAGAGCCAGAGAACAGCCCCUUUACAGCGGUUUCCGCGCAAACCUCAAAGUUGAGAAGAGUAAGUGAUGCAACCUUGCGGACUCUUUAGUUGCCAUGUCUACACUUGCGCUGUUCUUGUGACUAACGAAGGUGUAAUGUUUAUAGCAAUAUCAAGCGUAUCUCGAUGCGUCGACCCCAUAUACCAUGUACCGGUGGAUAGGCACCGGCGUCAUGCUCCUGCUUUUCUUCCUUAGGAUAGUGCUGGCGCAAGGCUGGUAUAUCGUGGCAUACACUCUAGGAAUCUACCUACUCAACCUCUUCCUCGCAUUUCUCCAACCGAAAUUCGACCCAUCUCUUACCCAGGAUACUGGACUAGAAGAGGGUGAUGCUGGUGCGUCUCUUCCUACCAACCAAGACGAAGAGUUCCGCCCCUUUAUUCGACGACUUCCAGAGUUCAAGUUCUGGCACUCGGCAACCGUGGCUAUCACUCUGGCCUUCUCCUGCACCUGGUCUCAGAUAUUCAACAUCCCAGUCUUCUGGCCGAUCUUGGUCGUGUACUGGUUGAUUUUGUUCUGCUUGACGAGUACGUAUAUUCUCUCCGCAUAUUUAAUUAUUUCUCUCCGGUCUAUCUAACACGAGGUAUAGUGCGACGACAAAUACAACACAUGAUCAAAUACCGAUAUGUUCCCUUCACCUUCGGCAAGGCCAAGUACGGCCGCACUUAAUACGCCAGCGUCCGACCGACUCUCCUUACAUACCGCUUUACCUCCUUUUCUUACAUUAAUGUGAAAACGGGGUUUGGAUACAUAUCCACGAUCACGUAUUUGCAAAGGGACGCCAACGACAAAAACCAAAAGUUACUAUGAUUGAAAAGACUAAUUAUCCCUUUGAAGAAAUUCUUCUCCACCCUCUAUUUACUCUGUUCUUCUCCUCUUUUUCUGCUCUUCUUUGUACAAACGCCUUCCGAUACACUGUCUCUGUGUCAUGUUUUCAUAUCUCUCCGCCUUUCAUUCCUUAUCCCCUUUCAACACCUGAGCUGACAUGUCUUUGAAGUACUUACGCGUACUUCCGUGUCUUGUUUGAGUCUCCUUUAAUUUGAAAAAGCUUAGGAGGAAAAGGGCGACGCGGCUAUUCGUCGUUGAUUGGUAUGACCAAUUGUUAGCAAGGUUUUAAUUUUUUUUUUUGUGGCUUUUCUUUUUUGGCCUCCUUGCGCCUCUUGUUUUGGAUUACACUCUUACUUCUUUGCUAUGGCUGUUGUGGCUUGGUCGGUUGCGAGGCCUCUGUUACUUCUCUUCCUCUUUCCCCUGCUAUAGAAUACUGAUAGAGCCAUGGUAAUCCGUUAAUGACAUCAUGUUUCCCUAAACGCAGGGUAUAAGAAUAAUUGACUGAUUUGUUGCUAUACGCCGUGUCUGGCGGCUAUUCAUCUGGACUAAAUAUACAGCCCCAUACUUGCAACGAACACCCCACGGGCGGUCG